UGUAUUAAAGUCAAAAUCGAGGAAAGAAAUGUUGUGUUUUUCUUGCAUCUUCGCAUCUUAGUUAGAGAAUGGGGUGGAAUGGACUCGUAUAAACUGAAACGAUGGUUUACGCGUUCUUAAUUCACACACUUACUCCUGGGCCCUGUCGAUUGUUAUAUUCAUCAGUUUUUGUGCACGACCCACAGAUCAAUGAGGUGCCAACAGAUGAUGAGCGUGCAACCAGGAAGGAACAGUUGUUGCAAGUGUCACAACGUGUGCAAUCUGAGUACUCUUUUAGAUUUGUUGCAUCAGGAGAUGACAGUCCUGAGGAUUUAGCUGGAUUAUCUUCAACAAAUGAGCUUAUGUCUAGUUUGAAGUCUGGUGUUUUCAGGCUUUCACCAGGAAAUCCCUUCAAUGCAGAAAAAGUUGUUCUUUGGAAAGGUUUGGCAAAUUCAGGAUUCACUCUCAUUUGUGAAAAGGACGAAAAUCGCCUCAUUGCUGAGAAUGUUUUGGACCAUGUCAUCAGACACCUUCAGGAACACUGCCAAAUUAUCCUUCAGCCUUCUGAGGCAAUCCUCAAAGUGGACAGGGUUAUAACAGUUAUUUAUCACUUUCUACCAAAUGGGCAGCUGCUGUUCAUGAAUAAUCGUUAUUUGCGGCAAGUGGAAAAAGAAUUGGAACAAGUCAUGUCCUUAAAGAAGGAGUGAACACAACUGUUACACUUCAAAACAAGUGCUUAGCUUAGUUAUUAAUAAUAAUAAAAAAAAAUAAAACAAAUUCAUCUGAUCUUUCCCCUGUAUACCAAGUGUACUGAGUUUUGUAAGUUUUUUUGAAGUAUAUAAGUACUAAAUAUCACACACCUUAAUUCUAAGAACUAUGUUUGCUUUAAAUGUCUUCUUGAAUUGUUUACAUUUGUGAAAUAAAAUGAACAUAGUUAGGCAUCA